GCGCCGCCGGUACCGUUGGGCGCAGAGGCGGCGGCGGGCGGCGGGCGGCGCCGCCAUUAUGAGUUACUCAGGUUAUGGAGACUGGAACUCUGGGACAAACAGAGGGUAUGAGAGCUACAACUACGGCUACGGCUACGGGCAGGACAACUCGGGCAGCUAUGGCUACGGCAUGGCUGCCUCCAACUCGUGGGAUAUGGGCAACUCGGACAUGGACAUGAACCCGGAUGGUGCUGGCAGUGCCGACGCCGUCAUUGCCAAAAUGAACCAGCGCCUGGACGUGGUGUCCCACCUGGAUGCUGAUAGCAUGCAGGGCGGGCACUACGGCUCCGGCGGGGAUCGGUGAGUGGGAAAACCAUGGA